AUGAAAAUUGAAGUUUUCAUAACUUUUAUUAUUCUUAUAACGUUGGGAAAAGCGCAAGAUGAGAAAAAUCAAAGCACAACAUUGACAGAAAAAAAUAUUAAAACGCUUGAGAUUGUUUUCCUUCAUCACGCAAAUCAUUCGAAGUUUAUGUCAGCUGUCGAUCAGAUAAUGGAGCAAUUGCAAAAUGAAACUGUAGCGAUUAACUAUCACAAAAUCUCAUACGAUAAAUCCAAAUUUGCUGUUUCUAAUCAUAGAGAAAUUUGUAAACUUGGCUCGAAUGGCAUUUCUUUAUUUAUCGACGCAACAUUCAAUGGUUUAAAUUUUACAGUUCGUGACUAUCUGAAGCGCAAUAACGUUCCUUACUUUCGCUUUGAUUUUUCAAUUCAAUCGUUUGUGAAGAUUAUGCAAAAUUUCUUGGUGGCACGUGGAGCUUUGGAUGCAGUUUUCAUCUUUCAAGAUUCAGAGACAGCAGAACAAGCACUUUACUCGUUGCUAUCAGUCACUUCGAUUAAGAUCAUCGUCUUAGAUCAACAUCAACCAAACGUCAUUAGCAGAUUAAAGACACUAAGACCAACUCCAAGUUAUUACGCAAUCAUCGGUGAUACUGUCAACGUCAGUCGGAUUUUUCAAGCUGCUUUCGAUUUUGGAUUAGUCUCCCAACUCCCCGAUCGUUGGAACUUAAUGUUUACAGAUUAUGAUGAUGAAAAGUUCACAUUUUCUGGUUAUCCAGAAAUGAGCCGAUUAUUACUUGACAAGACUGUCUGCUGUAAUCCCAAAUGCAUUUGUUCAUCUCAAAAUACGAUUAAUUUUAUGGCAUUCAAGAGUUUCCUGCAUCAGAUUCUGCUGGUUCUUGAGGGGCAUGACUAUCCUAUUCAGAGGUUUGAGUGCAAUAAAGAAUCAGACAAGAGCGUACGUGCUGAAAAACUGCUUGAAGAUUUAUCAAUGACGAUUAGGAAAAAUAAUUUGAUUUAUUUUGAUGAUGAUUCGAAGAUUUUUGUAAACUUGAAAUAUAAUGUGAAAACCAAUGUAGACAACUCAUCAGUAGUUGCGACAACAGCAAUAGUCAAUCAAAAUGGUGUUACGUCAAUUGGAAACAAUCGAAUUAAAGUAUCGAAGAGAUUUAUGAGAAUUGGCGUGACUGAAUCUGCUCCGUACACUUUUAUAAAGAGAGAUUCAAAGACGAAGAAAAUUCUUCGUGAUGGGAAUAAUCACAAAAUUUAUGAAGGAUUCUGCAUUGACUUUAUUGAAAUGCUUUCGAAGAAAAUGAAUUUCACGUAUGAGCUCGUUGAGCCGACAUCAGGUAAGUUCGGGAAGAAGCUGGCAGAUGGAAACUUUGAUGGACUCAUCGGUGACUUAGAACGAGGCGAAACAGAUUUCAUUAUUGCAGCAUUAAAGAUGACAGCUGAACGUGAGGAACGCAUUGACUUUGUUGCGCCAUAUUUCGAUCAAACAGGAAUUCGAAUCGUAAUGAAAAAACCAAUUCCUGACACUUCCCUCUUCAAAUUCAUGACAGUUUUACGACUCGAAGUCUGGUUGAGCAUUUUAGGUGCUUUAAGCGUUACCGCAUUUGUCAUUUGGAUACUCGAAGUCUUCUCGCCGUACAGUGGCCGUAAUUGGAGCUACGGUGAAGAGAGUCGGAAAUUUACAUUGCGGGAAAGCUUUUGGUUUACUCUUACAUCGUUUACACCUCAAGGUGGUGGAGAAGCACCGAAGGCAUUGAGUAGUCGCGUCAUUGUUGCUGCUUAUUGGUUAUUUGUUGUUCUCAUGCUUGCUACAUUCACAGCAAAUCUUGCAGCAUUUCUUACUGUUGAACGUAUGCAGUCUCCAGUUCAAUCUCUUGAUCAGCUGGCUCGACAAAGUCGCAUUAAGUACACAGUUGUCAAAGACUCCGACACACAUAAAUACUUUCAAAAUAUGAAAUAUGCCGAAGAUACGCUUUACGAAUUAUGGAAAAAUAUGACUUUAAGCAGCAGAAACGACGAAGCUAGAUUCAGAGUUUGGGAUUAUCCUAUAAAAGAACAAUACGCGUCAAUUUUGAUGGCAAUUGAAGGAACAAAACCAUUGCCAAACGCAUCCGAAGGAUUUCGAAUUGUCAACGAACGUGUGUUGAGUGAUUUUGCUUUUAUCCAUGAUGCGAAUGAAAUCAAAUAUGAGAUUUCACGGAGUUGUGCUUUUGCUGCCGUUGGUGACAUUUUUUCGGAACAACCCUACGCUGUCGCCGUGCAACAAGGGUCACAUUUGCGGGAUGAGAUUUCUCGCUUUAUACUUGAGUUGCAAAAAGAUCGAUUUUUUGAAGAUUUGACAGCAAAAUAUUGGAAUUCGUCGAAUAAAGGUUCAUGCUUGACAAGUGACGAUUACGAUUCUGAAGGAAUCACACUCGAAAGUCUUGGGGGAAUAUUUAUUGCGACGCUUAUAGGACUUGUAAUUGCUAUGUUGGUGCUUGUGGGCGAAGUCUAUUAUUACAAAAGGAAGAGUGGAAAAGUAAAGGAAAUGAAUAUGACGAAGCCAGUUAUCUUUACAACUAAAAUUGAUCCAUUGCAUGAUAUAAACAUAUCAGUUGAUAGGAAAAUCAUGAAAAACUCAGUUUUACUCGGUCAUGGAGAAUUCGUCCCAGUUGAGAAGCGAAAGUCUCGACUAUCAUUUUCACCGCGCAUACAUCAUGACUAA